GGUCGUGUUUGGAAACAUUAUUUUGUUGUGUCGCCGCAUAGAAAAGGCGUUUAAACGAAGACAGAAGUGAGGAUUGUAGCGUUAGCCGUUAGCUCGGCAGAGAGCUAGCUAUUAAAGCUCUGCCCGAGGAGCAGCUUCCUCCUUCAAACCGAAACUAUGUCGUAACGUGACAUUAUCGAAACUUGUUAGGGAACUAAAUAAGUUAUUAAUCGACCACAAUGCGAGGUUAUAAUCGUGUUACUUGACUGGGAAUUAUAGAAACAACGCUACUUUGAAACUAGGAUUUCGUUUCGGAAAUGCUAAGCGUGAUUGUUGAGAAGAUUAUGGGAAGGAAGUCGCUGCGUGUGUCGCAUGAAGUCUUCCUGAAUAAACCACCCAAAAUGGCGCUUCUUUGACGUUUAAACAAACAAAAACUUUUAAGUCUUAGUUUUUCUAUAGUUUCUAACAUUUUAGACGAGAAGCAUUACCACAAUGAGCGUCACGUACAGCCUCUGUGCCCUCCUAGUUUUCACCAUAACAGCAUGCAGCCGUUUUGAACCUGUCCUCUGUGCAGCCCACUGUGCACGUUUCCUCCAAGUCUUAGACAGUAAAGUGGGAGAGAUCACGAGUUCUGCGUACCACAGCUGGUCCUACCGCUUCGGCUCUAACUAUGACUGCUGGGUCAUCAAGGGUUCGGAAGGAGAACCUAUCAUUAUCGGCUUUUCCCAGUUUUCAGCACGGUGUAAAAAGGAAUGGGUGUCUAUAAAAUCAUCAGCCGGCGGUGAGCAGGUUGUCCUUUGCGGCUCCAAGGUACCGCAGCCAAUGGAGUUCCCAGGGGGAAAUAUUACAGUGAUGCACCACUUCCUUCCGCAUCUGUUCCCUGUGUCGUCUUUUCUGUUGAGCUACGCCAGAGACUCUGGUGAAUGCCCAGAAACAUCCUUUGCGUGCCUGGGAGGCCGCUGCAUUCCUCCUUCUUGGCGCUGUAAUGGCCAGGUGGAGUGUCUUGGUGAAGGCGUGGGCAUCAGCUCCGAUGAACAGGACUGUGAUGCAGAAUUUGAGACCCCAGAACCCCCGAAGUAUGGCAGCACACGGGCAGAAGAGGCCAAGGCAGAGAAGAACCAGGAUAGGGAGUCUGAAAGACAUUCUAUUGCAGAUUCUGCAGAUCUGUGGGCCCUGCUGAAGGAGAGGGAGGAGGCCAAGGAUCGAGGGCAGCUUCUGACUCCCAGGGAGCUCGCUGUGACGCCCACUCCCAUCGAGUGGCCCUGCGGAGGCCUCCUCCAGACCUUCUAUGGGACCUUCUCCCCUCCAGCCAUCCGGGGCCCCCCACUGUUCUGUGUCUGGACUCUGGACCCUCAGGACUCGAGGCCAUUGAGACUAGACCUGCAGCAGCUGGUGCUGGGACCCGGGGAUAGGCUGGCCGUGUACAACAGAAAACAAGGCAAAGGAGACAUUAUUAAAAUUAUCACCAGCGUCUCCAAUUACAAAUCAGUCCAAGUUGAAUCUCAUACUGGCCUGAUGUCGAUGACGUACGAGACUCUUGCUGGCUCGGAGGGGAACGGCUUCAACGCCACGUUCCACGUCGGGACCUACUGCCCGCCUUGGGAGGGCCGGUGUGGGGGAGCAUCAGGAGGAUGCUUUACCCAGGAGCAGCGCUGCGAUGGGAAAUGGGACUGUGUCGAGACGGGGAAGGACGAGGAGGGUUGCAGGGGCUGCAGUCCGAGCCAGUUUGCCUGCGGCGUGGCGGGACAGAGAGCAGUUGCAUCCAGUCACCUUUCUGGAAGACCGGUGUGCUACCCAGUCACAGAGAGAUGCAACUACCAGCUGUACUGCGCUGAUGGCAGCGACGAGAGGGACUGCACCGUGUGUCAGCCAGGGACCUUUCACUGUGACAGCGACAGGUGUGUGUUUGAGAGCUGGCGCUGUGACGGCCAGGUGGACUGUAAGGACGGAACGGACGAGCUCAACUGCACCGUCAUCCUGCCCCGCAAGGUCAUCACCGCGGCAACGGUUGGCAGCCUGGUCUGUGGGCUUCUGCUGGUGAUCGCCAUGGGCUGCACCUGUAAACUGUACUCGCUGAGGACAAGGGAGUACAGUUUGUUUGCACCAAUCAGCCGCCAGGAAGCUGAGCUGAUCCAGCAGCAGGCUCCUCCCUCCUACGGACAGCUGAUUGCACAGGGCAUCAUCCCCCCAGUGGAGGACUUCCCCACAGAAAACCCCAAUGAGACCUCGUCUCUGUCUCUGAGGGGAAUACUCCAGCUCCUCCGUCAGGACGCCGCCAACUCCCCACACCGCAGACGCAGGCCUCGAUUCGUCCGCCGGGCUGUCCGCCGCAUGAGGAGGUGGGGUUUAAUCCCCAGACCUCCGUCCAGGCCGAGUCAGGCGUCGAGCUCCGGCCAGCAGCAGUCAGACGCCGCUCCCUCCGGACAGGAAGCGGCUCACUCCACUCCCACCAACUCCUCGUCAGCUGUGGAGGCGGUCAACCAGCCGGUGCCUCAGAAACUCGGCUUGCUCGCUCAAUCGCAGCAGCAGGAAGCACCGCCUCCUCUACUGCUGCUGUCAUCGCUGCCUGUCUCUUCGACGCCUCCACCUCCGUACGCUCCCCCAGCUCCAAGCCCGGUCACUCCCCACACUCCUCCGGUCGCCGUCCCCCCGAGCAGCCCCUCUCUGGCCUCCAUCUUCCACACGCUGGGCCUGAGUAUCUCCCUCUUCCGAGGCUCGUCCUCUUCCUCCUCCACCAACUCCAUGCCCCUCUCCGCCUCCCCUUCUUUCUCCUCCUCCUCUUCAGACGACGAGGUGCUGCUUAUCCCCCUGUCUGAAGACACCACUUCAGAGGAUGACGUGCCCAUGCUCACCUGAAUGACUUCCUCACCCCCCCCCCCCCCUCCCUGUUCUACACCCCUCCUUUAUCUCCCUUACUCACUGAUGAUAACUGAAACCCAGUCUUUCCACGUUUGUUUGAACUUAAGCACAGGAGUGGCCCCCGCACUGUGCAAGUCUGGUGCCUUUUUGAAAUUGCUUUGAGUUGGAUUUGAUGAUUUAUGGAAUCAAGUAUUUGACCGUUUUUCUUUAAAGACCUCCUUGAGAAAGUAUAAGUUUUAGACGAAGAGCUUGUCUGACGUAUGUUUGAGAGUAAGCGAGUAUUGGACGUGCACUUACCUAAUGCUAGGCUGCACAUUGAAGGUAAACCUUUGCACAGAAGAAUCUUCCUUAUCCAGAAACUGAGGCGGAUUAUUACUGUCGGAUUGAAUGAUGAGAGUUUUUAGGUGACGUGAUGGGAAAACAAAUGUGUUUGUAUGACUGCAACUGUGAAUGCAUCUGCAUUUUAGUCUUACAUUGACAGUGGAGUAUGUUUGUAGAUGUGGAUUGUCUCCACAUACUUCUGCCACUUGCAUCCAGUCUCUUGUUAUAUAUCGCGGAUAGUUCUAAAAAGAAAAAGUAAUUUCCCCUAUUUAAGUGCCUUUUGUUGAGGAGUUUCCUGAAAUACACACUGCACACCAAAACACACAGAGGCACAUGUUUUCUCACACCAUAGCACGCAUCGACACAUCAGUGGCUUUAUUAUAAUGUGAAAAAAAAAAGAAAUGCAUGUACUUUGCAAGCUGGCAAUAACCUUUUUGGGACCCCUAUUUUAGUGCACACUGAUUGCAACAUAACUGCGUGUUUGGAGUCUACACACACACUCGUGUACCCUUCCCAAGUGAAUGUAUGUAAUCUACUAAAUCAAAAUGUGUCAAAAGACAAUCUCUUCGGUGCCUGAUUUUAGGAUAUAUGUGCGUGUGUGUGUGUGUGUGUGCGUGCGUGUUGUGCACAGGAGGUUGAGGCCCCCUGCUGAUGAAAGGGGCCCUGAAUUCACAAAAUAACCUCAACUUAAACCUUCAACCCUCGAGGGGAAACAUCACAUUCUGUUACAUUUUGACACGACAGACUUGUGGUGUGCCAUUUGUAUUAUUGUACAUUUUAUGGUGUUUUUAUUUCAGCAAGUUCUUUUUAUUUUAAUGUUUUUGCUUUGUUGAAUGUAUUGGGGUCGACGUGGAGUAGCUGGAUGUUUUAAAAUUGCAAUGUAAUGAGGUAAAUAAGAGAGAAAGUGAUUUUAUGGUUUAUUAGGGUCAACUUCACUGUAUAUAAGUAAAAAUGUGGCUGAGAUUAAACGAUUUGCACUUUUA